AUGAAAGGCAGAGACAGGAGACGCAAACGAGUGUCCAAGGCUUGUGAGCGAUGUCGAAUAAAGAAGAUCAAGGUUUUACAAGGCACUAACAGAAGGCCUUGGCAGUGUGAUGGUGAACUUCCUUGUCAAAAGUGCAAAAACCAUGGCAAUGUCUGCACUGCGGGUAUCCGCAAGAGAACAAUUCACGUGGAAUACAAGCAGGUCCCCAAGAGCUAUGUUGAGUUUCUUGAAACCACACAUUUGGCCAUGAUUGGUACUGUUCACAAAUUAUACAUGAUGAUCCAGAAGAAUCAGCCAUGGGACCUUGGUGAACCGGAAUUGAAUGAUCAAGGCGAAUUGGUCAUUCACGAUAUAGCUAAAAAGCUGGGAUGCAUUGGUCCCAACGACGAAAUCGAGCUGCCUAUUCAAUAUGAACUGCCGACAACUGCUUCUGGCAUGGCAAGGGCCGCAGCACAUCCGAAACGACUGCAGUAUGGAGACUACGAUGCAAAGGAUAGCAACGAUAAGGAGCCAGAUUCACCCGCAAAUGAUUCUACAGACGAAAGCGUUCCAUCGCUGGAACUAAUGCAAGGCGUCGAAAUUGAGCUGAACUACCAAGGAGAAGCUUUUGCCAGCCACAGUCACCGCACGACAAAAUCCCCUCGAAGCGCUUACAGCUUUGACGACUUGGACAAUAGCCAUUCUGAGUCUGAGGGAGCCAACACUUGCGUUACAUCAUCACCAUAUAUUUCAACAAGUUCAGACUGCACCGAUUUCUCUCAGCCGCAGCUGGGAACAGUGCCCGACGACAUGACGCUUUUCCUUGAACAAUAUGGAUCGAUUCCGGUUACAGAGAAAAUGACUUGGGAAUUGGGCGAUUCAAGUCAUGGUACUCAUAAAAGCAACUUUUCAGAGACAUCUGAUAUUGAAUCGCUACUUAUGGAGAACCAGAUGAUGUUUCCCGAUUAUAAUGGUCUUUUCGGCAUAGGCAUCGCAGACACUGUUGGUAUAGAAGGAAGAAGACUAAGUACAUGUAUCUAG